GGAAAAACAGUUCAGAGAUUUAUGAUAAGGCUAGUGUAUAAAAGUGAAAAGUAACCUAUAUUUUUUAGGGAAUAUAUAUAUUUUUUAAAAAGUUUUUAAAAAAGUCAUUUAACAACCAGAGAGAUUUCUGCAUUUGAAGAGGUCUAUUGAGACUCUGAGUGAGAGAGAGAGAGAUGGCAGAAGAAAUGAGGAAAAACAGAAUUCAAGUCUCCAACUCCAAAAAAUCCCUCUUCUUCUACGUCAAUCUCUCCAAGAGGUACUUGCAGCAGUACAACGAUGUGGAGCUCUCUGGUCUUGGAAUGGCUAUUUCCACUGUCGUGAGCAUUGCUGAAAUUUUGAAGAACAACGGAUUCGCCAUUGAGAAAAAGAUCAGGACGCUGACGGUUGACAUGAGAGAUGAUCCGGAAGCGCGGCCGUUUCCCAAGGCAAAGAUUGAGAUAUUGUUGGGAAAAUCAGAGAAUUUCGAUGAACUGAUGGCUGCCGAGGAAGAGGAAGAGGAAGGCGGAGGCGAAGACUAGAAUGGAAGUAAUCUAUGAAGUCGAAUCUAGUUAGAAAGACUUAUCUUGCUAGUGUUAAAAUGAUGUCUUUUAUGAUACUCAACUUAUGUAGAAACCAUGUUAGCUUUGAUUAUGCUUUCCAAAUUCAAGGCUUUUUCCAGCAGUCAA